GCAUGUUUAGGCUUGAAUUACUUACAAAAACAUUUAAAUUGUUAAUUUAGUGUAUUGAAUUGAAUUCACAGCACGUGGUGAUAAAGAAAUUGUGGUAAUAUAGGUGUUGCAUUUGUCUUAAAUUCUUAACAAUGUUGUUAUUGCAGCUUAGUUGAUUUAUCACAGAAUGUCUUGUACAAUACAAAAUUUUUAAUGUUAUAAUGUUAAGGAAAUUAAUAAACACUACAUGGGCAGGCCAGCUUCAUAUAUUAGGCAAGUCAGUAUUCAGUGAGCAUACAUCAAAGCUCCAUACAUCUAUUGCGAUCUGUGCAAAAAGAAAUCCCUUUCUUGGUAAAUUGGAGGAAAGCUUUAAUCAAUCUUCAAGAAGUGAAGAAAAGAGCAAGAAACAAGGUAUCAAAAACUACCUGAAGAAGCAUCAAAGAUAUGCUGAUUACAACUACCAAGAAUGGAGGUUUCCAAAGUCUAACAGAGCAAUUGAUAUAUCAUGUACACGAGACAUAAUCCAGCCUUAUGAAGAUGACAACAGUGGUUCAAAAAGUUCAUUGUCUGUUCGGAAGAAGCUAUCAGACCUUCGUCAUGAUAUAUUACAUAAUCGAAUCGUAAAGAAAAGAGUUGAUAAUUUUCAUCGGAAACGCUUUCCAGCAGAGGCACAAGAUAUUUACAUUAAAGCUCAUAAUCUUCUGAAUACCCCAAACUGGACGAUAGUAAAUCAAGAAGAUACAGAAGAGAGAUUACAAAACUUGGUAACAGAGCAUGCGUAUACCGAUAUGGUGAAGGGUCUUGACUCUAAAACAGUUAUAUGGAAGUGGAAUGAAUCGUUAGAGCCGCCACGUGUAGUUCGAAUUCGUGCAAGUCCUAUGAUCACUAAUAACAAUUAUUAUGGUCAAGUUACUGUCCGGUUUCAUUCAAAACAGACACUUGCAAUCUAUGAUCGGUUUGGUCGUCUCAUGUAUGGAUCACCUGAUGAAGCCAGGAAUGUCCUGGAGUUUGUAGUGUUUGAACGACACAUUUCACAUCCAUAUGGUUGUUGGAGAAUACAUGGAAAAAUAUCAUCGGAUUCUUAUCAAAAAGAGCCUAUGAGAAAGACUGUAGCAUUUAUGAAACAAAAGCCACAACGCAUAGAAAGUUUAGAAUGGCAUGAACAGGAAGAAAAAGAAAAUCACUACAAGUGGUAUCCAGAACGAUAUCAUUAUAUUGCCAAGAAAGAGGCACUUAAGUACAUAAGAAGAGACUCAAAAUACUGGGGGAAACGGAGGAAGAAGAGAAUUUACACUCAUCAUAAAGCACCAGUUGUACGGUUAAGGGGUCCUGUUGCACGACUAGUUCGCCGAAAACGAAACAUAGUUCGUGAAAUGAGAGAGCAUGGAAAGUUGCCUUAUCCACCAAGGGACCAAGAUUCUUAAUUCAAACUCUGUCUUCUUUGUGACAAGAGUUUUUUUUGCUGCUUUUCUAUUUCAAUAUAAUAUAAAAGUAGAUUUGGCAUUUGCAUUCUUGCUUAGCAAUAAGAACACAGUGGAGAUCA